AUGAAUGUCCAUAAAACUCCAGGAGACGGCCUGAAUACCGAAAUACGGGCAUCAGGUACCUUGUAUGGUUUCGCCGAUCCGAUAUUCAUGUUCAGCGACUUCAAAAACCACCGAUUGCGCAAACCAGUAUCGACUAUCUCCAUCCCAGGUGCAGUGAAAAACUCGAGUCGGGAUUCUGGUGGAGGAAAGACACAGCAAGACGACCAAGGAAUGGCUCUAUCAGGACAUAUGGACUACCCCAGGUUUAUGGAGGAACGAGGAUUGGGUACCGGGUACAAAGGACCUUCUUCUGGGAGUUUAAAACACAAACCGAACGUUGGAUAUCGAUUAGGACGUCGUAAAGCACUGUUCGAAAAAAGAAAAAGAAUUAGUGAUUACGCCUUAGUGAUGGGAAUGUUCGGAAUUAUAGUUAUGGUCAUAGAAAAUGAACUGUCAAGUGCUGGUGUUUACCGAAAAGACGAAUUUUAUUCAAUUGCGCUCAAAACUUUGAUAUCUGUUUCAACUGUGAUUCUUCUGGGUCUCAUCGUGGCCUACCAUGCUUUAGAAGUACAGCUCUUUAUGAUAGAUAACUGUGCGGACGACUGGCGAAUUGCGAUGACGUGGCAAAGGAUAUGCCAAAUUUCCAUGGAAUUAAUAAUAUGUGCCGUGCAUCCGAUUCCGGGACAUUAUCUUUUUGUGUGGACGACAAAACUUGCCAACAAAAAUGGCGGUAUAGGAAGAAAGUGUGUUCCAUAUGAUGUGCCCUUGUCGUUACCGAUGUUCCUGAGGCUCUAUUUAAUUUGUCGAGUUAUGUUAUUGCACAGUAAAUUGUUUACGGACGCUUCGUCGCGGAGUAUAGGUGCGCUCAAUCGAAUUAAUUUUAAUACUAGAUUCGUUUUAAAGACUCUUAUGACUAUAUGUCCUGGUACGGUGCUUCUCGUCUUCAUGGUUUCCCUGUGGAUAAUAGCCAGUUGGACAUUAAGACAGUGUGAAAGAUUCCACGAUGAGGAACAUGCCAACCUUCUUAAUGCAAUGUGGCUUAUAGCUAUCACCUUCCUCAGUGUUGGUUUCGGGGAUAUUGUUCCUAACACCUACUGUGGUAGGGGCAUCGCAGUCAGCACUGGUAUUAUGGGCGCUGGUUGUACAGCCUUAUUAGUAGCAGUAGUAUCAAGAAAAUUAGAGUUAACUAGAGCGGAAAAACAUGUACAUAAUUUUAUGAUGGACACGCAGCUGACGAAACGGUUAAAAAAUGCAGCUGCGAAUGUCCUACGUGAAACCUGGUUGAUUUAUAAACAUACAAGGCUAGUGAAAAGAGUUAAUCCAGGUAGAGUUAGGACUCACCAAAGAAAAUUUUUACUUGCAAUUUAUGCGUUAAGAAAAGUAAAAAUGGACCAACGUAAAUUAAUGGAUAAUGCCAAUACUAUAACCGAUAUGGCCAAGACACAAAAUACUGUAUAUGAAAUAGUGUCAGACAUGAGCACAAGACAAGACAGCGUAGAAGAUAGAUUAACAACAAUGGAAGAAAAACUCAUAGCACUACAAGAACAACUAGAUUUACUACCUGAGUUAAUAACUACUAGAAUACAGACUCAACAAGAGAAAAUGGAACAAAGAAGGAACUUCCUUCAUCCAGAGUCUGCUGCUGGUCUGCAACAAGCUCGAAGUGUUCCACCUGCUUGUCCGUGGCCUGGUCCAGCAUCGAUCGGGAAAUCCUCCAUUCCACCUACCACUGGACAAAGUUGAGUUACUUGUGAAUGCAUCUAUAUUUACCGAAAUAUGAUUUUAACUGGGCAAAGUGGUUAUUUAAGCUUUUAGUACUUUAUGUUUAAAGAGAAAGUGUAGUUUGCACUUGUCACUACAGUCUAAAAAUGAAUGAAAUUAAAAAUGAUAAGAUGAUUUACAGAUUUUAGUAUACUAUCAAAUUGUCAAGUAGGAUAUCUUCCAAAAGAAACAGUACCAAAAUCUAGAGCGCUGAGGGAUCAUCCACAUAGGGUACCGUUGUCAUUUUUGGUUUAUUUGUCAUUAGUUAUCAUCUUGACUCUAAGUUACGGUUAAAAAAAUAGAAUAUUUUUAGUACAUACAGGAUUACUUUCAGUUAUAUAAAGUUCAAAUCAUAAAGAAAAUCCAGAAAAAUAUUAGAAACAAAUUAACAAAUCUGUAACACUAGCAGUGGUUAAAGUAGUUCUGUUUAGUCUCGUAAACGCACAAAUCGGAAAAAGUAUUAGAGGAAAACAUAUUAUAUAGUAAAUAAAAUAUUACUUAAUAUAUUAGUCCAGGGUAAUAAGGUUUUUUCCAUGACACUCGAACAGCCAGGGUACUGAAGCGUUUUUUCGACAGGUAAUACCUAUAAGAGCAAAUUGUAACAAUUUCCUGCGUAGGAUCUGGC